ACAAAAAACCAAUCACACUCUUGUUUUCUCUCUCCUCAAACCCUAACUCCAUUUCUAAUCCAAUCUCUUAAAAAGGAAUAAAAAAAAAAGGAGAAAAAAAUAAUAGACCCUCAUCCUUUUAGUUUAAAAUGAGUGUAAUAGUAGUUGAUGUAGUUUGAGGUGCAAUGGAGCUAAGCCAAACCCCCGAUGCUGAACCCGAAACCCCAACCCGAUUCCAACCCUGCAACGGCGCCAUGAAGCGCCUCCACCUCGGCCACCCCGUCGUGGUGGCGUACAAGGAGUGCCUCAGGAAUCACGCCGCCGGCGUCGGGGGCCACGCCGUCGACGGCUGCGGCGAGUUCAUGCCCUCCCCGCUCUCCAACCCCGCCGAUCCCGCCUCGCUCAAAUGCGCCGCCUGCGCCUGCCACCGCAAUUUCCACCGCCGCGAGGAGCCGGCGCUCGAGUACCGCCACCGCCUGAGCCCCGAUAACUCGCCGUCGCCGCCGCCGAUCUCCUCCUCGUACUACCCGUCGGCGCCGGCGCACAUGCUGCUGGCGCUGACUUCGGCGGCGGUGAUGAGCUCCGGCGGGCGGAAGAGGUUCCGCACGAGGUUUACGCGGAAUCAGAAGGAGAAGAUGCUGGAAUUCGCGGAGAGAUUGGGGUGGAAAAUGCAGAAGAAGGAUGAAGAUUUGAUUGGCGAAUUCUGCGGCGAAAUUGGAUUGGAGAAAGGGGUUUUCAGAGUGUGGAUGCACAACAACAAGAACACUCUCGCUAAGAAAGAUCUUCCGCCGCCGACCGCCGCCGACAGCAAAGAGGUUUUAGAUAGUUGAGAAAAGAUACAAUCGGAAUUUGGGUUGCAAUUUCUUACUAGUUUAAUUUCUAAUUCUGCUUCUUAAUUAGAUUAUUCGCUAAUCCUUGUUUUGAUUGUCUAUUAGUCCUCCCUAUGAGUAGCAUAGAUCAAAUUUAUGGGGGAUUUAGAGUAGUACUAGUAUUUGUUUAAUUACUAGUACCGCCAUUUAUCUAAAUCGGUGCAUGCAUUCUUCAUUAUCGCUAUUAUCAAAUGAACAAGUAACAUUACUUUUUCA